CGGAAAUAAGUCUACAUAUUUUGAAAAAAUCUUAUGGGAGUCUUGAUGACUUUCAACGUUAAAAAUCCUGAAUUCUGCAAGGCAGUCUGGUGGUGAGAGACAGUGGUGGUGGUGAAUUGGUGAGAGACCAUAAUGUCUUUAAACAGAAGUCAGAGAACUCUAAACCUGCAAGGAGACUCGUCCAGUGAAGAUGUUCAGAUCAUUGAUCCCUCUGGACAUGAGAAGACAAGUCAGCCAUCCAAAGCCAAUAGCAAAUCCAGGUGUCAUGAAAGCUGUAAAGUUACAAGAGAUCAUCAACAUUUUGACACACAUCAAAUAGAAAAAAUUCCAGAGUCACCAGCUACAAUGGAGGUGCCAAUGAUCGUCAUAACAACACGCGACAAGAUGAGCCUGGUUAAACUGGAACAAGACCUGAGUAGCAGAGUCGGCAUAGUGUACCAAGAGAAAGAUAUAAAUAACCUCAAAUUAACCCUGAUUGUUAGAGCGCAACAUUUCAUCAAAGUGGUCAAUUUGAUUACAUCAGGAAGCAUUGUGUCGAGGAAUAAUGUUCACAUUGAAAUCAAAGAUUAUGUAAUUAAACCAGAUCAUGAGUUGGCAACAGAGGUUGCAGCUUAUAAGGACUUUGAAGCUAAUAUAAAGGCUUUUCUAGCACAGCUUAAGACUGUCUUGGAUCAGGAUCAUCAUUCAAAGGAGUCAACGUCCUUAAAACGUUUGCAGGACAACUGUUUUUUUACUCCACCUGCAAAGCGAAGGGCUGUUGUUGAUACUAUGACUGGUAAAAGGAAGUUUGAAUCCAGUGAUGACUAUGAAACUGAUGCUGAUGAUGUAAUCAUGAUUGAGUCACUCACAAAGGAGGACAAGAUUGAGACAGUUGAAAUAGGCUCUCCUUGUAGACCCUCCAAUGCUACCCAAAGUCAAACACCAGCAGCAAUUGACCCUGUGACAUCAUUAGGCGCAAUUGCCAUGUGUAAUGAUCAAGUAGGAAGUGACACAAUGGACGAAAGUAGGCUGAUGCAAAUGUCAUAUAUAAUAACAUCACUGCAGUCCCCCUGCCCCAUAGACCAUGAUUCUCUCUGUGAGUUCUCAGAUUUCAUCAAGAAAUCAUUGGAAGAGAUUCUUGCUGGUUUCAAUGAUAUGACCACAACUGAGUGUAUUCACAUGGAGCCACCUAAAAGGAAAUGGUCUGUUGGCAUACUUGUUGCACCCUGGGCAUUUCAGGCCUGUAUAAAAGGAUUGAACGUUCUCCAGUACAAACAGAUGAAUAUUGUGGCUAGAGGGAUGAUCAAACCUAAAUAUGUCAGAAAAACAAAACCACAAAUUGAAAGAAUUCUUAACAACAUUCACAAUACUGGACAUUACUGGAUAAAUUCACAUCAAGAUAAAUUGGAUUUGAGAUGCCGCUCUGUGAAUCUUCCUGUAUUAGAUCUGAAAUUCUCUCUCGAGGAUGAGCCAGACUUUGCUAUGUAUGAGAAAAUCUUCAUCUCCUGCGGGAUUACAGUAGCAGCCAUUUUGAAGAAGAAUCCUGGGAGACUGUGCGUCAGUGUGUUGCCGUGCAACCUCAACACAGGUUUAGAGAAACUCACCAAAAUACUGGUUUUGGAAUAUCAUCUUAAACCUAAUGGAAAGCAGACAAGACUUCAUCUCGCAAUGGCAGGUUACUGUGAACAGUGCAUGGAAACGGUUGGUGCCUUGAAAGGGUCUAUUGGGCUUGAUGACAUUGCAAAGAACACAACUGACAGUUCUGAUGGUGGCACUGAUGCCAUUAUCCCAAUCGUUAAACAAGUUUCUACUAACCACAUUGAAACAAUACCACCAGUCAGUGAACCUCCUCAGGAGCAUGACUCAGGGACUAUAUGUACUUUUAUGGACCAAGCUCCAGUAGAUACCCAUUAUCAAAAUAGCAGUUCAACCAAUGUGGACAAUAUGGACAGUCAUAGUGUAAGAAAACAGACCUCAGAUUUGAGUAUGCUUGAAUUAACUCAUAAUGACAUGUCUAAAGUGAAUGCUCUUGAUCUCAUCAAUGUACCACAGUCUCAUGAAAGCACUGAAAAUACACCAAUACUUCCCAACCACGUAACAAGCAAUGAACAUGCUCGCACAUCAAUACCCAGCCAUACCAUUAGCAACAUACAAACACAGGCAAAUUCAUUGCCCCUUCCUACAGGUAUACCAGGACAAACAUUAGUCAAUCAAAGCUCAGGUAAAUCUGUGGUUGGACAAAACACAAAUACAGACUCCACACAUAGUGAUCUAAAUACCAUACUUGCGAGAGGAAAAGAAAAUAGUGAAGUUCCUUUAUCAACUAAUACAGGGAUUGAAGAUCUAAGAUCAAGUCGUAGAAACUCAGAUAUUGAUGAUUUGAGUCACUCUGAGUUGUUAGAUGCCGAUAAAGCUCAUGCUGAGAACAUAGGAAGAAGUGCAAUUCUUCCUGGAACUGAGAACCAGGAAGACCCUAUAGAAGUACUAGUCCCACAUAUCAUAGUAUCAAGACAAGAUACUAAUGGAUCACUAGAUGAAGUCCUUAUUACAGAGAGCAUCAUUGAUCAUUUAAAGGACAAUGAAAUUGAAGUGCUUCAUUUAAAUGGAGACUCUGAUAAACACGUUGUGGUAGACCCUAGCAGGAUUUCUGAUGCUGUUAACUUAUUGUUGAAAUAUGAUUGCACAAGUCCUGGCUUCUCUUGUUGCUUCAAUGUGGAGUUAGCCACUGAUCCAAUGGUUAUAAUGGUUUCUGGGAGUACCCAAGCAAAGUAUCAUCUCAUCCCAAUUGAUGAAUGGGAUGGUCAGUGGAAAACACCUGAAAUUGUCAUCAAGUCAAGUGGAAAUCCAAUAACGAAGGGUGUUCAAGUUGGUGACAAUACUAUUACCAAGGGUGCUCAAGUUGAUGCCAAUAAUGUAGCAAUGGUCGCUCAAGUUGAUUGCCCUACUGUCUCUGAGGGUGAUCAAGUUGAUGGCAAUACUUUGACAACAAGAGCUGAGGUCGAUGAAAUCUGCAAUAUACACGAUAUAGAGAUGUCUGGAAAUAAUCAAUCCCAGAGAAACAAAACUAUCCCUUAUGAUUUCACUGAUCGUAUCAUUUUAAGCAGUCAAUUAUCAGUGGAUAUCACUCAAACUAAUACAAAUGCCAUGUCUAGUCAUUUUCCUGCAACGGCACUUCCAAAUGAUGUCAGUGCUGACACAAAUGCCCUUAGUAUGGAACAGUCUGUUUUUAAUGCAGAUCAAUCUACUCCUACUGAGAGAAUAAUUUCUGAUCAUCCUCCAUUACCACAUCGCAGUAGUUUACCAGAAACAAGUGACAUUUUGUUAAAAAACACUCAGAAGCACACUGUUGAUGGGUCAGAGAGGGAAAUGGAGUCUACAAGUGUAGUACCUUUGAUGCAGAUUUCGUUUAAAGAGGCAUUGAUGUCACCGCAAGGUUAUUCAUAUAGAGAAUAUAAUGCAACACAUAGGGUUCCUCUUAGUCAUACCUCUAGUGAAAUUAUCGAGGAUGUUGGUGACCGAUCUCUGAUAGUUCCUGGCAAUGCUAAAAGAAUUGAGAAGAAAGGUUUGGAGAAAGAUACAGCAACUGUCAAACCAAACUCUCACAGAAAUUCAAACGAUGAACCAGAAAAGAUAGAUCCAAUGGAACUCAGGGAAGAUGAACUGAUCACUGAAUCUAUGUGUAAAACCUCAUUAAAACCUAGUGUAUCAAAACAAUUGAACCCUAUAGAAAUUGGGAAACCUUAUCAUAUUAAGACAAUGCCUAUUGAAUGGAGAAAUGUGGACUGUAAUGAUGUAGUGGUACGACAGAUCAAAAUUAACAUACGUCCCAAAUUCAAGAAAGGAUAUUGGAAAAAGCGUGGCUCAAAAUAUGGACAAGGUCUUGAUAACUCACUUCAGCUUCAUGUUGAUACGUUGUUGAAGCAACUUAAAAAAGCUGUUCAUGUAUUUCCAGGGGUUAAAUCUAAUACUCUCUAUCCUCAUAUAGUUGUACCACCAAUGCACGUCGAAAAAGCUCUGGAAACGAUAGAGGCAUAUACAGUUGAUGGGAAAAGAGUAGUUAGUGCGAAUCUUGGGAAACUCAUGCUUGUACGAGUAGGGGCAGUAAGGAAAAAGAUAUAUGAGCUUGUAACAAUGAAGGAAUGGAAAAAGCUGCAACACAAAUGCAACACAGGAAAUGCAAAUGUUGAUAAUACCAGUAAAACAAGCAAAGAAUUGAAAAGAAAGAAAAAUUUAGAUGGACCAGCCAGCAGACUAAGAUCAGCUGAUGCUAAGGUAUGGAUUCUUCACAUGGUAGCUGUCAGGUUCUGCACUCGUAAGAAAUUUAGAGAUCACAAUGGACAGAAUUAUGACAAAGUUAAAAUUUCGAAAAUUGCAGAGCUUAAAAAAGAAUUGGAAAAUGAAGGAAUCAAAAUAUUUAAAACAAUUGGACAGAAAAUAAAGCAGUAUGCUAUACCCCCUAUGCAGGUGAAAAAUGCUCUAACUAUUAUCAGUAACUUUAAGAUUACAGAGCUAGACCUACAUCCCUUUUCUGGAGAAAUUGUUGACACAAAUUACCCAUUGCCCAAUGUCCCAGUAGAUAUUCAAAAGCAGUAUUGUCUCUUAACACAGGAGGGGAAACAACAGCAAAACCUGAAAGGUUUGAACUCCUCUUGCUCAAGUAAACCAAAACAAGUUGAUCAAAACGUAGCAGCUGCCCAUACCAUUGGUGUCAAGUGCAAAAUCCAGUUAAAGAAGCAUUGCAGACAGGAUGACAAACAAUUCAUAAGGAAUAAGUUAGGAGAGCUUCAGGCUUCCUUAAAACAUGAGAAAAUCCAUAUUUUUAAAACGUGGGGAAAAAACAGGAAACGUUUUGCUCUACCACCUGGUCAGGUGCCUAAAGCUCUUUCAAUCAUCCGUUCAUUUAAGACUAAUGAACUUGACUUUGCGCCUUUCAUUGGAUAUAAGUGUAGCGAGAACUACCCAGUAAAAGGUAUAUCAGAAAAUAACAUGAAUCGAUAUGGUAUGAAAACAUGGAAUGAAGAAGAUGAUUGGCCCAACCUUCAGACAAAAAAGAGGCCUAGUAGAAUAGAUCAUGGGAUUGAGCUAACGAGAGUGCGAGGACCGGUGUUGUCAACAAAGAAAAAAAAGAUUUCAAAAUACAACAAACAUAUGGAAGAAGAGAUCGAGCAUUGUUUACUGAUGGGUGGCGUUUCCACGUUAGGGUUGUACCCAUCUACACAAACUCUGAAGUACACGUAUGUGAUUGAGCUUUUGGACCAAGCUGCAGUUGAACGUGCUUUGGGAGAACUGCAUUAUUUUAGAUGUUAUGCUAGGAGCACGGAAACCUGGCAGGCAAAGCAACUUGGAAUGGAUGUCAAUUCCAGCAGUGAAGUGUGUGCAACAACCACACAAAAACCUACAGAAACCCCUCAAUGUUCACUAGAUGAACACAAGCUGAAUGAUACUCCAAAGGAUCUUAAUUCUAACAUUGAGAUGCAAGUUGUUCAUAAUGCAAUGCAAGUCAUGGAACAGCCUGAUCCUAGGAAAGCUAUCACAAAGCUUGUGCAGCAAAUUCAUGAACGCACACAUGGCCAAGCCUCGAGUUAUCAGAUACUUAGUUGAAAAUAUCACACUACAGUAUAUCAAGAUACCUGGUUGAUAGGUAUAUCAAGUUACAUUGUUGGAUGAAUAUAUUUUUGAAAUGUUAAUCAGAGUUAAAGCAUGUGCAGAAUGAAAACCAGAUGUUUCUUCCCACACUAGUAUUGGCAAGAAUAAUUCUUAGAAACCCUGCCAUUUUGGGUCUUUUUCAGUUCUAAAACGACUCUUAAUCUCUAAAACCUUAAGUUUAACCCGUCAUGGUGAACUAGCUAAUGAUAUGGCCUUCAGUUUUUGACAGAAACUUUUUGUACUUAAAAACUAGCUACCCAAUGUUAACCGUAAAAUACGCAAAAUGCUUGCUUUAUGUAAAAUGUAUAAGCCAGGCAUGCCCGUAGCCAGGAUUUGCCAAGGGGGGGUUCAAUUUUCAAAAAUUUCCAGGGGGG